AAUCGAUAACAUUUAUAUGGUUAACUUAGACAAAUCUCCUUCCGGCUUUGCUAAGUGCCUCAUGAGUAAAGAGGAAGACACUUGGCUAUGGCACCGAAGGGUAGCUCAUAUGAACAUGAAUCUCUUGAACAAAUUGGUUUCACAGGACUUAGUAAUUGGCAUCCCAAAACUUAAGUUUGAAAAGGACACCAUAUGUGAUGCAUGUCAAAAGGGGAAGCAAGAGAUCAACCCGGCGCUGAUUCGGGCCUUCUACUCCAACCUCCGCCGUGAGGACGACGUGCUCUACUCGCUCGUCAAGAGCACGCCGAUCGAGCUCACCGUGGAGCGGCUUGGACGCAUCGCCGGCCUCCCCUUCCAAGGCGACGAUGUGUCACACUAUGGUGGAGAGGAUUGGGUGCUCAACAACGAGGGCCUUAUCCUCAACGAGCUUGGCAUCACCGAGCUCAAACGCCAUGCCUCAGGCCGCCCAACCAUCCACUCCGCCAAACCCGAAGGCUGCCUGGUCCUCUACAUCGUCACCCGAAUCCUCAAACCCAGGAAGCACGGCCACACCAUCAUGCACGGUGAAGACCUCAAACUUAUGCACGCAAUCAUGCACUCGGCCCCAAUCAAUUGGGCAAAGUUUGUCAUGAUCAACAUGACGAUUGCUGCGUCCACCGAGCACGACCACCUCCUCCCGUACCCAUUCUUGGUGAUGGACAUCCUUGAACGGUUCAGGCUAACCACCACCAUUGGCUCGCUCAUGAAGGCCACGAAGAUUUGGACAAUUAGUAACCAAACCUUCCUCAAGCGGUCGGACAACACCGCGGCUGCCACUGCCGAGCCACGCCGCACUGCCCCUGCCGGACCCCAGGCCCGAGCCAACCUUGCCUCCAUCGCCGACUCCCUCAACCGGCUCCACCUCAAGGUUGACGGGAUGGGGAGCUAUCUUGAACGGCUCGACGUGGCUGUUCAACGCCAAGGAUACGCCAUGAACGCGUACUUCCAAGGCAUCAACUACGUCCCGCCACCACUCCACGGCACCUUUCUCGGCGAAGUCUACGGUGAUGAAGACGAAGAGGAUGAGUCCUUCGCCCAGUCAAGCUCCCCGGACGAGGAUCAGUUUGACGAUGCCGUUGAUGGUGAUGAGAUGGACGUCGACGACGACGAGGAGGAAACCGAAGACGAAGACUAGGACUCCCCUAGAACUUCUAUCUCUUUUACUUUAAUUAUCCUGUUUUUUUUAAUACUUCCGUUGUACUCAGCUAUUUCCCUUUAUUCAAUAAAAUCAUUUUGGUUAUCUUUUUGUUAAUGUCAAAAGGGGGAAGAAAAGGGGAAGGUCUGUUUCCUUUGAAGGAUUCGUUGAGGUUCGUGUGACUCGAACUCUCAAGUUGUAACGGUUUGUUAAGCACCCGUAAGCUUAACGAGAUAGUAGUGUAGCUCGAGAGAGUCUCUCGGGAGGCUGGAUUAGCCACAAGUUGUGGUGAACCAGGGUAAAAUCGGUGUGCCUCUUACUCUUCUCUUUACUUCUCGUUUAUUCAUUUUUUAUUCCUGCGAUUUUUUGAUCAAACGCUAUUCACCCCCCCCCCUCUAGCGUUGGUCUAUUGUUCUAACAAAAGGUGUGAUGGUGU